AUGCGGGUAGUCUUAUUACUACUCGUAUUGUAUAAUGGAAAUAUUAUAAAUUCUAUGGAAUUGAAGAGUACAAAUUCAUGUCAAAUACCACUUCUGACAAAUUCAAAGAUUACAACUAGUAGUAAUAUUGAUCAAGUCGAUACUUGGUGUCCAUCUAUCAUUGAUAUUCAACCUUAUAUACAAGCUACUUUAUCGAAUUUAACUUAUUUAACAUAUAUCGAAAUAAAAUCGAAACUAUCGUCGGAUCUCGAUUAUCGUCUUGAAUACACACGUGAGAAUAUAAUUGAUCAGUAUACAAUAUGGCGUUCGUAUCGUUUAUUAAAUAAUAAACAAGAAAAAAUAUUUCUCGAUCCACCAAUGAUUGCAAAACAUGUACGAUUAACUAUAAAACAGCUUAAAAAGAAUAUUUGUAUUCAAUUUGAAUUAUUUGGAUGUGCUUUUACCGAUGGUGUUAUAUCCUAUAGUAUGUUACAAGGCUCGAAUAGACUUGAAGAUGAUACCUAUGAUGGACAUUACGAUGAAAAACAACGCUAUCUAUAUGAUGGUCUUGGUCAAUUAUCAGAUGGAAAAACUGGACCUGAUAAUCAUGAAGAUGAGCGAGGAUUACAAUGGGUCGGUUGGCGAAAACCACGUUCGAUAAAAACGAAUAAUCAUUCGAUAACAAUUUUAUUUUAUUUCGAUGCCCUACGAAACUUUUCACGUAUGACAAUACACGCAAAUAAUUAUUAUCCAAAAAAUAUUUACACAUUUCGUGCAGUAACAAUUGAAUUUUUAAAUUAUAAUAAUGAAUUAAUUAAUAGUUCAUCGUUGAUUACAUAUCAUAAUCAACAUGACGAUCAAUUCGAAAUGGCACGAGCCAUAAUGAUUGAUUUAAAAAAUCAUAUUGCUUCAAAAUUAAAAAUUCGCCUAUAUUUCGAUGGAAAUUCAAUAUUAAUUAGUGAAAUUACAUUCGACUCUUUUAUUGUACCUAUAAUAGCAUCGACGACUAUUAAAGCGAUUACUCCACAGCAGCCAUUACAAAAAAAGGCGACACAUCAUUUUUGGAUUUAUGUCAUUGUAUGUUUUUCAACAAUGGCAAUCGUAUUAUUGUUAGGAGCGAUUAUAAUACUUCUACGACGAACAUUACAUGACCAUAAAAAGAUCAAAAAACAUUAUUUUACACCAAUACAUAAUCAUACGAAUUCAUCAGCAUCAACAACAUCAAGUGAUAUUGAUUUUCACUCAACUCAACAUCGUUAUGCAACCAUUGGAUCAGCAGCACAUCCAUAUCUACUUUGUACAAAUAGUAGUAUUAAUUCUACAACAUCGCCACAUUAUGCUAAAUUAAUGCCGACAACAACUUUAUUACGAACACCAUCAUUAUAUCAGCAGAAUCAUAUUGAAGGCAUUUGUGGAAAUAGUGCAUUUAGCACGCAACGAUUAUUUACAUUUGAUAUAAAUCAAAAUCAAUUUAUACCAAUGCAUCAAAUAAAUAUUAAACGACGAUUAGAAUCAAGAAAACAAAUCGUUGGAGGCGGAGAGAUUUGUCAAGGUGAAUUACAAAUCAAUCAAUCGGUUGUACCGAUAACAGUUCGACGCCUUCUACCAAAUGCAUCUGUACAGUCAAAAAUAUCAUUUUUUAACGAACUCAGUCUUUUAACAUCGCUUUGCCAUCCGAAUAUCAUUCAUGCAUAUGGUUUUUGUUCUGAACCAGCGAUGUCCUUAUUAACAGAAUCAUUAGAUUUAACAAGUAUCGAUCUUUAUCAAUAUCUUCAACAUUACAAACAAGAACAACAAAUGGGCGAUAGUCUUUAUGCUACCACAGUUUUCUUCGGUUCUCAAAUAGCAUCAGCAUUAUCCUAUUUAGAAUCCUUACAUAUCUAUCAUCGUGAUAUUGCAACAAGAAAUUGUUUAGUUACACUUGAUUUAACAAUAAAAUUACAUGAUUUAGCUAUGUGUAAUGAAGUCUAUACGGAUGAUUAUGUUCUAGUUACUGUUAGUAGUGAUAUUGAAUCUCGACGACCUAUUCGUUGGUGUGCAUGGGAAACUAUUUGUUUGAAUCGAUUUACAUCAAAAUCAGACGUUUUUUCAUUUGGUGUACUUCUUUGGGAAAUUUUAACUAUGGCUGAACGACCACAUAGCCUAUUAGACGAUAAUCAAGUUUUAUGUAAUCUACGUAAUUCAAAUCAUUAUCUAUCAAUACCAUCAUGUGGACUAGAUUUGAUCGAUUUAAUCUCAUCAUGUUGGCAUAAAUGCGAUUAUGACCGACCUUCAUUUUGUCAAAUAAAUCACAUUUUAUGCCAAAAACAACAACAAUUAAUGGCAAAAAAUGCAGACACUUAUCAACAAAUGAAUUAA